UCGGCGGGGAACAGAAGGAGCAGAGCAGACCAGUGGAGCCCGACCAGAAAAUAAAAGUAGACAAAAACUGAAACAAUUACUCGAGGCGGCAAGCUAGUGUAUAAUUUUAACAUACAGUUGUGGGGGAAGCGGAAGUAGAAAGUGGCGUUAUAAUUAAGGACAAAAAGGCAAUUUUAUUUAUCGUUAGUGUAAUCUUGAAUGUGAAUUUAAAUGUGAAUUGUGAGUUUUCGGUGUUCGGCAAUUUUUGCUAGACAAUUUGUUUCUCUAUUUCCCAUCGCAAAUUAGUUAGUGUGGCUUUAUAAAACAUAUACAUACAUAUAUAGUUAAAUUGGAAGGUAUAUACAUGUGUUUAUGUGCAAGUAUUUUUGCUAAAUUUAUUACAUUGACAUUGAAUGUACACCUUUUAAAAACUCAUGAAUUUAUUGUAAUUUGAAUAAAGGACUACUUUUGAACGACAAAGGACUAGAACGCGGAGCCCUUUUCCCCCAAGAGUGUGAGUGUGUGUGGCCCUUCGCCUUUGUUGUGUGUCCAACGGGGAGUUGGGGCAGCUUUUUACAUAAGCAGGGCGAGCUGCAAAUGGGACGCCCACCUGCGGCGGCUACUCAUCGCUGGGAGCGCUCGCUUUGUUCACCGCUGAGUGGUGCGUGUCCUUGCAACGUGACAGCCCGAUUGUGUGUAAGGAUAUGCAAAAAAGUCCCGCGGCAGCUGAAAGCAGACCCACAUCCCGACAAUGGCCCACUUAAAACUGGACACCCUCCACGUGCAGCGCAGUCCCCGCGGCUCCCGCAGGAGCAGUCCGAGCAGCGGAAGAAGCAGUGCCUGUAGUUCCGGGAGCUUUUCCCCGGUGCCCAUCAUCCCGAUCAUCGCCAUUAGCCACGAUGGCGACGAAUCCGAGUCAGAGUCGGAGAUCGAAACGGAGCCAGCGCGCCUUUUCCAGCGUCGCAUGUCCACCAAGUGCACCAACAACCUGGCUGCCGUCAUAAAAGAGGGAUUCCUCCUGAAGCACACUUGGUCCUUUCAGCGCUGGCGACGUCGAUACUUUCGCCUAAAGAGGAACAUGCUAUUUUACGCCAAGGAUGAGAAGUGCGAUGUUUUCGACGAUAUUGACCUAUCGGACUUGUGUUAUUUCGAGUGCGGCAUCAAGAACGUAAAUCAUAGUUUUCAGAUUACAACUCCCACUCGCUCACUGGUGCUUUGCGCCGAGUCCCGCCGCGAAAUGGAGGACUGGCUGGGCAGCCUGAAGACGGCGACUGCGCCGCAGAGGCCGCGUGGUGACAGCUUCCUGAUCGAGCAGCACGACAUCCUGUCAAACCACCACCACUGGUACGCCACCUCCCACGCCCGCCCCACCUACUGCAAUGUGUGCCGGGAUGCCCUUUCCGGCGUGACCUCGCACGGACUCAGCUGCGAGGUGUGCAAGUGCAAGGUGCACAAGCGGUGUGCGGCCAAGUCGAUCGCCAACUGCAAGUGGACAACGCUGGCAAGUGUCGGCAAGGACAUCAUCGAACAGGCGGAUGGAAUCAUCAUGCCGCAUCAGUGGAUGGAGGGAAACCUGCCGGUGUCCUCCAUGUGCGCCGUCUGCAAGAAGACCUGCGGAUCGGUGCUGAGACUCCAGGACUGGCGGUGCCUGUGGUGUCGAGCCACCGUCCAUGUGGCUUGUCGACCUCAGAUGGCGGUGGCCUGCCCAAUCGGACCCGCCAAGCUGUCCGUGGUUCCCCCCACCAGUGUCCACUCCAUCAGCACCGACGACGCCUGGGAUGUGGCCAGCCCCAAGGGCAACUUCUCCCCCUUGCUGGUCUUCGUGAACUCUAAGUCUGGGGAUAAUCAGGGCGUGAAGUUUUUGAGGCGUUUUAAGCAGUUGCUGAAUCCAGCCCAGGUCUUCGAUCUUAUCUCCACGGGUCCAAGCCUGGGACUGAGGCUCUUUCGCCACUUCGAGAUGUUUCGAAUUCUGGUCUGCUCUGGAGACGGUUCUGUGGGAUGGGUGCUCAGCGAAAUCGAUCGCUUCAACAUGCAUAAACAAUGUCAGGUGGCAGUAAUGCCAUUGGGCACUGGCAACGAUCUGGCCAGGGUGUUGGGAUGGGGCUCAAGCUGCGACGACGACACCCACCUACCUCAGAUCCUGGAGCGCUACGAGUCGGCCAGCACCAAAAUGCUUGAUCGCUGGAGCAUCAUGGUCUUUGAAAAGGCCAUCCCCGUGCCCAAAACGCCCAAGAUGUCCAUCAGCACCGAGCAGGAAGCGAUGCUCACUGGCAUGGUGACAUCAGCCAACCACCACCUGCGCUUCAUAGUGGAAACCAACGACACCCAGACCCUGAUCAGCUCCACGCGGAAUCUCUGCGACACUGUGGACGACUUGGUCUGCCGCAUUUCGGAGCACCACAAAGAUGAUGAACAGCUUGCCGUCAAGUGCGAUAUCCUCAAGCAAAAACUUAACAUGCUGCUGGAUGCACUGCAGGAAGAGGAGAUCGGCGCCCACAGCGGCGACGACUUGAUAGCCACCAUCAGGAGUCUCAUUGCAAGAAGUAUUCCGCUGACACCAGAAUCCAGUGCCUCACUGCUAAAUCCAAACAUAUCAAUCGAAAAGACGGAGAAAGACCAGAUUAACUCAAAAGAGCGCAGGAACAGUCGGUCGCUUCGCUCCAGCGAAAAGGAGGCGCUCCAGUGCCGUGCCAACAGUGUCAAGCGGGCCAUAUAUAAUGUUGUGGAGCACUCGGAGCCGGGACGUCCCAAACGCUACCAGCGCAAGCUCUCGAUCACGCCCUUUGAGGCACUAAAGAUUCCCACUAGCACUUCCGGGGAAUCGACGCCCUGCACCUCUCCUUUGCCAAUUAUCCCACCCAUCAAUAUUAUCUCCCCCACUAUGGAAACCUCCCGACUUACCUGCAUUUCUCCGCUGCCCGAUACUCGACGCGAUUCCGUGGACGAGAGCUUCUUUAACAGCAUAAAUCUGCCCGCUCCGCGACAAUUCGCCGACAGUCGUAGGAGCUCUGGCGUGGAGGUGAUCCAGGAGAUCGAGGAGGGUGCUAGUGGGGAGACCGUAUACCGAAGGAGUCGCAUGUCCCUGACCGGUGGAGCCAAUAUCGAUGAUGCUGGUAAUCGUUUGUCACCCAGCAGCGAUGGUGGCGAUAUCACGCCCACCGAGCGAAAAGUGGACUUCCUCCGGGUUCCGAUCCACACGGGUGAGCCGAUCGUGGACCCCCUAUCCGACUAUCGACCCCACGAGGUCUUUGAACGCACCUACUAUAUGACCCGGGAAAUGGACAAAGACAAAGACAAGGGCAAGGACAAGGAGAAGGAGCAGUACGGAGAUGUAGAAAAUGACAAGAAGGAUAAAAGUGUGGAGAAGGAGGACAGCAUGCCCACCGAGAAACUGGUACAUACUUGUAACCUGCAGGUACCCGGCGUUGUCGUUACCCCCAACUCCCAAAAUGUUUACACAAGCGCCAGUCUAACAAUCAUUGAUACCGAUGCACAGACCAUCACCGAGCAAUCAUCUUCCGAUGAUCUGGGUGGCGAGGCCAGCGAUAUUCUUUCAGCCAUUAGCAAUGAGGAGUGCAGCGUAGCUUCCGAAAUCUUCGACAAACAGGACGCAGGACAAACCGUGGGAGACAUUAUACAGAAUAUGGAUGCCAGCAACUUCACGCACAUCGACUCUCCGGAGACUAGUGAUGAGACGGAGGCCAUGCCCGGCGAGAGCAUCAUGGACGAUAUAAGCUCCGUACUGGGUCACGACAUAACCUAUGCCCUGCAGGACAAUACCCUGACCGACGACACCACCACUCUUUGCUCGGAGCAUGCGGGACCACCGAAACCGCCCCGCAAGAAGUCGCUAAGCGCCUUGAGCCGGGCCCACUCCCAUCCGCGCAGGCGCAACUCGUCUCCGCCCAGAAUGGCGCGAAUGGAUAGCGAUGAUAACCCGCAGCAGUUUGGGUUCGAAAACAUCGUUUUCGAAAUCGACAAUCGAUGUGACGACCAGAAGAUGCGGGAACCACCGCGCUACUGCAGCCUGGCGCAGUUCGUGGAAGGUAACGAUAUAGCGCGUCAGAGCUUUAAGCGUAUCUCACUGAAAAAACCCAAUCCCACUACAACCACUGAAAUCGUAUCUCAACAGCAGCUAAUGCUAGAUCAACAACGAAGCGGCGCCCACAAUAUUGACGACCCCGAGGCCCAGCAAACGCCAACGAAUAAUGUGGCAAGUUUACUGGCCACCACCAGCGAGGACGAGCUGUCCACGCAGACGGCAAUCAAAAUUGAAAUACAAGACGUUGAUGCCACUGUGCGCAACAUCAACACCAGCAUGAAGGUCAAUACGAUCUUGACCACGUCGACAUCGCCCACGAAGAAAUCGGGCCAUGGACAAGAUGUAAAGCGCAUUACUUUUGAUGAGUCGUGUAAGAAAGAAUCCUUUGAUGAUGUAAAUCCCAACUAUCCACAGAUAAGUGUUGUUGUGAGACCGCCGACGCCGUUGCGCGGCGACUCUGUCAAGCCCACGACCUCGCUCCUGCCGGGCUCCUCCGGCGGAGCCAUGGCCGUGUCCAUGGCCUGCUCUGGAAUGCUGGGCGUGCGAGCCAUGAACGCCUCCGAAAUCCGGCGCCACUCGAGCCACGCCCCCGGGCUGGCUGUCCGCGAGUUUGACAAGGACAAGGAUCGCCGGCACUCGGGCUUUAAUCCCAACCAGCUGACGCUGGACCCGGACCACGCCCGCUUCCUCAGCAGCUCGCCGGCGGCCAGUCGCAGGAUCAGCUGCGGUAGCCUCUUCAAGCCGAACGAAGCCCUUCCGAAUCUCCAGACCCUCAAAGGUUCCAAGUCGAGCUUGUUCAUGGGUUCAACUAUAUUCGGUUUCGAUCACUUCGCCGCUGGGGACAAGGAGGACAAGGGUGGCAAGGACAAGGAGAAAACGCCCACCGAGGAGACCAAUCGCAAGUUGCCCAUAAUCAAUCCAUUGGUGCGACUGCCCAACUGGCCAAACCUUGCGAAUGGCGGUGGCUUCAUAUCCAAAUGUCUUUUGGCCAAUGCCGACACGCUCUGCGCCGCUGUCAGUCCCCUCAUGGAUCCGGAUGAGACCCUCCUAGCCGGCUACCAUGAGAAGUGUGUGAUGAAUAACUACUUUGGCAUCGGAAUCGAUGCCAAGAUCUCGCUGGACUUCCACAACAAGAGGGAGGAGCACCCAGAGAAGUGUCGCUCCCGAGCCCGCAACUACAUGUGGUAUGGGGUACUGGGAUCCAAACAACUCCUACAGAAGACGUGCAAAAAUCUGGAGCAGCGCGUGCAGCUAGAAUGCGAUGGACAGAGAAUUCCACUGCCGGAACUCCAGGGAAUUGUGAUCUUGAACAUACCCAGCUUCAUGGGCGGCACUAAUUUCUGGGGCAGCAGCAAGAAGGAUGACAUAUUUCUGCCGCCCAGCUUUGAUGAUCGUGUCCUUGAAGUGGUGGCUGUCUUUGGAUCCGUGCAGAUGGCAGCCUCGCGGCUGAUCAAUCUGCAACAUCAUCGGAUCGCGCAGUGUCAGAGCGUGCAGAUCAACAUCCUGGGAGACGAGGAGAUACCCAUCCAGGUAGACGGCGAGGCCUGGCUACAGCCCCCGGGAAUGAUUCGCAUCCUGCACAAGAACCGUGUGCAGAUGUUGUGCAGGAACAGGAGCCUGGAGCUUUCGCUGAAGAGCUGGCAGGAGAAGCAGCGCCAGCACAGCAUAUCUAUCCAGAGGGAUGCAUCUUCCACAGCUUCGGAACAUGCCAUUUCCACGGACGAGGUGAUCUCCGAACGCGAGUGCUACGUGCUUCUUAACUUCAUCGAAGCCGUAAGCUCGUUGGUCAAGUGGGUCAAGUUCUUGAUCAUUUCGCAUCCGGCCCUGCAACACGAUCUCUACGAGGUGGCCUGUCGGGCCAGUGAAGCUCUGGAAUCUAUCCACCCGCAGGGCAAGCUGCUAGAAGGACCUUCCCUGCGCACCAAAUUGGUGGAGGUCAUCGACUCAUCCCGCCAGCUGUACGACGAUGCGUGCACCCUGCUGCGCGAUCGGGGCCACAGUUUGAUUCUCCGCGAGGAUUUGGAAACAAAGCUCAGCGCGGCGUUGGCCAACAUGGAAAUGGAGCUGAAAAAGUGCUCCGUACAAAAGUGCAUCGACGGCAAGCUGCGGGCCUACUUCAAUGUCCUGGCGCCCAAUGAAGAAACCGAUGGCCGCCGCAAGUCACGACCAUUCUGGGUGCGGCUGCGCUCCGGCUCGACCGCCGGCCAGCAGGCGUUUAAGCCACCUUUGACCAACACCCGCGAGGCGGCCAACAACUGGAGUGUCAACGAGGUGGUCACCUGGCUGGAAACGAUGCAACUGUCAGAGUAUGUGGACAGCUUCCUAAAGAACGACAUUCGCGGUAAGGAGCUGCUCACUCUGGGAAGGCGCGAUCUUAAGGAUCUGGGAGUGGUCAAAGUGGGCCACGUCAAGCGUAUACUGCAGGCUAUCAAGGAUCUCAGCGAGAACUAGGCUUUCCGGGAUUCAAUUGCUCGCUAGUAAAAACAAAUCAGUCUUCGAAUUGAAUAUGGAGUCUUUGGCAAUAACUGGGAUGGUAAGCUACUAUGGGACAAUGCAUACAACAAUCACUAAUUUAUAGGCUAGCAUAGCUAACAUGUAAACGGGAAGGGGGAUCGUGCGAACGAACAUGUAAUAACUUCGAAUGCAUUCAUUUGAAAAAAAAAGACGAUAACACGAACGAUGCUCCAUACAUAUUUAUGCCUAACAGACUUUCUCUUCGACAAAUUAUCACUAUAUUAAACUAUUGAUUGGCAGAGAAUUGUAAAGUUUUUCAACUUCAAGCCAUCUAAAAUCGAGACAAAAACGAUUUUUUCGCAUAUGUAUGUCAAAUAUGAAGUCUAACGAAUUUAAACGUAGUAGCACAUGCAAAUACCAAGCAAAAUCGAUAAAUCAAGUUAGGUAUUAAGUGAUAACCUUUAAUUUUACGCUUACAUUAAAGAAAAUCAAGCACUCACUCUCAAAGAAAAAUUACAAACCCAAUUCAAAACGUAGAAAAUCGACUUACCAACUGAGAAAACACGAAAUCGAUUCUAAAUUUCAAAGCAAUUUAAAUUUUACAAAAAUGUAACAAAAACUCUUGACCCAACCCAAUCCUAACAUUAUAUAAAUUGUAAUUUUAAAAAUACAUAUAAAAAAGAUAUUCGAAACUAUAUCCAAAUGUUUCCCCUACUAUUGUUAAAUCGAAAUGAUACUAACAUUAUGUUUAUGUAAAGACAAGAGCCAACUCUCGUAGUUGCAGCAAAGAAAAGUCUGUUAAACGUGUCAUUUUUGUGGUAACCAAAAGCAACUCUACUUGUUUAUUCUGAUGAAUUUAGUUUUUAAGUCCGUGACUUUUUUUUAAGAUAAGUUUAGGUUAGAGUCUUGGGGGUCUUGGUGCCGGAUGCUAGACCCCCGGAAAAUUAAUUUGGUACUAUAUACAAGCAUAUGGUAAAGUCUUAGCUAGCAUUGGAACACUGAAAUAAGUGUUCGGAACCUUUUUGGUAAUCCUUUUAAUUGUUUACAUUUAAGCGAAUCAAAGUGAAAACCAACCACUUUUAUCGAAACGUUAAAGUGUUAGAAACGAAAUUGUGCUAAAUUUUUUAUAAACGUUAAUUCUUAAUUUGAUCAAUUUUGUUACUCUAUUUCUAUCUUAAUACGAACAUAAAAUAUAGCUGCAUAUGAGUAGUUUUAACACUCCAUUCAUCUGAAUUGACCUGAACGUUUUGGCCCAUCUUCAAAAGUUUGCUCAAGUUGCCUCCAGUUGAGUGAGUUUUUGAAAUGGUUCGGCGGUAGUCUUUUUGCGGUUCAGUCCCCAACAAAUCACUUGAGCGACGUCUAUAAAUUAUAUUUUUUUAAAUAUAUAAGUAUAAAUGAGCCCAGACCAACUCGAUUGAUUUGUUUUGACAAACUUAUUUUCCAAAAGCACCAGUAGCAAUCCCAUGAUUUCUAACUAUUUUGACACAAAUUUGAGAAACUGUUUACGCUUAUAAAUUACCUAGAUAAAACAUGAAUAAUUGAAAGGAAAUAAAUUAUUUUAUAUCCUUUUAAAUUAUUUAAAAAUUAUAAAUACCAUAAUAAAAUUGAAGACACAUUUUUUCGAAAAAUUUUCGACACAUGUAUUUUCGACCAAACUUUAAUGAAAUUAAAACCAAAAUUAAUAAAAAUCAUAAGGCAAAUAAAUAAAUGUAUAAUGGAUAUACCUAAUGUAAAAAUCUAAUCGGCAAUUCAAAUUUCAACAGAAUAUUUAAAUUUCUUCGGGUUUUCCACACGAUACCUUUUAUCACACUCUUCAUUGAAUUUAUGUUAUUCUAUCCAAAAAAAAAAACUGUGAUAACAGCUUUCUAUAUUCCUGUUUGUGAAGUGCAAUGCAAAAUCAAUUUAAAGUCUUAUAAAUAGUUCGUCUACAAUCAGUAAAUCGGUAAUGCCUAUUAAAACCAUUUACCAGUAAUAAAUGAUUUACAAUAUACCUUAAUAAUGUAACUUCAAACUACCUUCUGUCCAAACAAAAAAAUACUAGAAAAUGAAAAACUUGUUGUGCAACCUAUUCUGAUAAAAUCACAAAACCGAUAAUACCGUUAAGUGAAAUGCGAACCAUAAAGCAACAAUAUUUCCUACUAAGCAUAAUACAUCAAUUAUAAUAGAAAACAUUUUCUUGAAGAAAAACCUAAUAACAGCAAUAAUAAAAACUGAACAAA